AUAAAAGGAACCAAUUACCUUGACUUAAAAAAGAACAUUGAGGAUGCUGAAGGGAUCUAGAAGACAUAUGAAGAAAGGCUGAAGGAACUUUUGAAGUAACAGAACUUUGAACCAACGCCUGGAAUUUUUGGAAGGAAUAUUCUGGUACUAGCUGAUUGUUACAUGAUAUACAGUGCUACAGACAAUUGACAGCAGGGACAAGGCUCUGCCUAUUAACUCGACUCUGUCAUGGAUGAAGAGACUCAACACAGCCUUGAAUGCAUCCAAGCAAUCAGUCUUCCCAGGAAGCAGCUGAUCCGUGAGGAUGAGAAUCUCCAGGUCCCUUCCCGAACUUCAUGGGAGAGCACUGAAUACGUAGGUCGAGCCGAAGAUGCCAUCAUUGCACUUUCCAACUAUAGACUUCACAUCAAAUUUAAGGAAUCAAUUGUGAAUGUUCCAUUGCAGCUUAUAGAGAGUGUUGAAUGCCGGGAUAUAUUUCAGCUUCACUUGACUUGUAAGGACUGCAAAGUUAUCAGGUGUCAGUUCUCUACCUUUGAGCAGUGUCAAGAGUGGCUUAAACGGCUGAACAAUGCCAUCCGCCCUCCUUCAAAGAUAGAGGAUCUCUUUUCAUUUGCUUACCACGCCUGGUGUAUGGAGGUGUAUGCUAGUGAAAAAGAACAGCAUGGUGAUUUGUGUCGACCAGGAGAACAUGUAAGUUCGAGAUUUAAAAAUGAGGUUGAACGGAUGGGUUUUGAUAUGAACAAUGCCUGGAGGAUCUCCAACAUCAAUGAGAAGUACAAGCUCUGUAGCAGCUACCCUCAAGAACUCAUAGUUCCUGUUUGGAUCACAGACAAAGAGCUGGAAAGUGUGUCAGGCUUCCGAUCUUGGAAACGCAUCCCUGCUGUGGUUUACAGGCAUCAGGGCAAUGGGGCGGUCAUUUCCCGUUGUGGGCAGCCAGAGGUCAGCUGGUGGGGCUGGAGAAAUGCUGACGACGAACAUCUUGUCCAGUCAGUGGCCAAAGCUUGUGCCUCAGAUUCCAAGUCUAACAGCAGUAAACUAGUGAAUGGAAACUGUUCAAGAGAUUUCUCCAAUGGAGGAGACCUCUCUGAUGUAGAAUUUGAUUCCUCCAUCUCCAACGCCUCAGGAGCAGAAAGUCUAGCCAUUCAGCCUCAGAAACUUUUGAUCUUGGAUGCACGCUCUUAUGCAGCUGCGGUGGCAAACAGGGCCAAAGGGGGAGGCUGUGAAUGCCCGGAGUAUUAUCCAAACUGUGAAGUGGUGUUUAUGGGAAUGGCAAACAUCCAUUCUAUUCGGAAGAGCUUUCAGUCGCUGCGUUUGCUCUGCACACAAAUGCCGGACCCAGGAAACUGGCUGUCAGCUCUGGAAAGCACCAAGUGGCUGCAACAUUUGUCUGUCCUUCUGAAAUCGGCACUUCUGGUAGUUCAUGCAGUGGACAGAGAUCAGCGGCCCGUCUUGGUGCACUGCUCAGAUGGCUGGGACAGAACCCCGCAGAUAGUGGCUCUGGCUAAGCUGCUGCUGGAUCCAUAUUACAGGACCAUCGAGGGUUUCCAGGUGCUUGUGGAGAUGGAGUGGCUGGAUUUUGGCCAUAAGUUUGCUGAUCGCUGUGGUCAUGGUGAGAAUUCGGAUGACCUGAAUGAACGAUGCCCAGUGUUCCUGCAGUGGCUCGACUGUGUCCAUCAGCUCCAGAGGCAGUUCCCCUGCUCUUUUGAGUUUAAUGAAGCAUUCCUUGUCAAGUUGGUGCAGCACACAUACUCCUGCCUCUUUGGUACAUUCCUGUGCAACAACGCGAAGGAGAGAGGUGAAAAGCACACCCAAGAGAGGACCUGUUCAGUUUGGUCUCUGCUGCGAGCAGGAAACAAAGCCUUCAAAAAUCUGCUUUACUCCUCCCAAUCAGAAUCUGUGCUGUAUCCUGUGUGCCACGUGCGAAACCUCAUGCUGUGGAGUGCCGUUUACUUGCCAUGUUCUUCCCCUUCGACCCCUGCGGAUGACACGUGUGCCCCUUACCCAGUCCCAGGUUCCAGCCCUGAAGAUCAGCCUCUGGGCAGGCUGCCAAAGACAAGGUCAUUUGACAAUCUGACAAUGGCUGGUGACAGCAGCGUACCGACAACCAACCGGCGUAGUAGCGACCCCAGCCUCAACGAGAAGUGGCAAGAGCACCGCCGGUCCCUGGAGCUGAGCAGCCUUGGGAACCCAGAGGACGAUCCCUUUGAUGGAGAAUGUGUGAGCAAACAAGGCAGGACUCUGGUUGGAGCAGAGCUUUCGGUGGCUGUAGCAGAGGGGCAGAUGGAGAACAUUCUGCAAGAGGCUACCAAGGAGGAAGUGAGCCUGGAGGAGUGUGUGAGGGGCGUUCCGGAAACAGAAGGUAAAGAAGGGGGAGAGGACGCUGCUCUUGAUAAGGAAAGCAGGACUGAGAACCUGGACAGCUCUACUGAUAACAUGGGGGGGAAGACUGAACUGGAUACAGCAACUUUAUUAGACAAUCCAGUUUCCAGCCCACAGAUGGAUUUACAGGGUGCUUUUGAGCUUCAAGGGCAAGAUGAGCUCCAUUACGCUGUCCAGAAACCAUCUCAGGUGAAGGAACUACGGCCUGGCUUUUUGGGCAAUGCUGUAAAUAGUAACAUUGAAAGAGCAGAGGAGGACAGUGUUAGUAGGCUAACUGUAGAGGUCAAAAUCCCUCCGGGCACUCCCCAGCCCAACCUACCAUUUCCUGUCCUGCAUGAGAUGGGAACAUCAAACAUGGAGAGUUCUACGGAAACUUUAACAGAGAAUGGGGCAAAGACGGAACUGAUGCAGAAUGUCUCUUGCCAUUGGCUCCAUCCCUUGGACAACAGCGCUGGUGAACUUUCCCGCACUGUCGAAAGUCGGCCUGAGAAUGAGGACUCAAUAGAGCUACACAAACUGGCAGCGAACCUAAACAGGACUACUAAGAGCAGCAGCUUACAUGACCCAAUGCCUUCACCUUGUGCCUUGCCUUUAGCUGACUAUAAAGAGAUUGUGUGCAAUGGAGAGCUGGAGCCUGAGAACAAGGUGGCAGAGAGCCCGGCAGGGUUCAGUGUUACCCAGAAAUACCCUGCACCAAACGGACACUGUGUGAACGGGGAGGAAGGCAGGGUAAAGGCUUCCCUCAGCCGACAGGUCUCUACAGCUAGCUGUAGUUCUGCCCCGCUGCAUCUGAGGAAUUUGCACCACAAGUGGGUUCAUGCUAUUACAGGCCGGCAGCAGACAGCAAACAGCCCGGACCAGCCUGCCCGGAGUCACCUGGAUGACGAUGGGAUGCCAAUCUAUGCCGAUGUCAUUCAGCAGCGCCUCCGCCAGAUUGAAAGUGGGCACCAGCAGGAAGUGGAGACUUUAAAGAAGCAGGUGCAGGAGCUGAGGAGCCGCCUAGAGAGCCAGUACCUGAACAGCUCGCUACGUUUCAACGGGGAUUAUGGGGAUGAAGUGGUGACACGAUGGCUUCCCGAUCACCUGGCUGCACACUGUUACGGCUGCGACAGUGCAUUCUGGCUUGUCAGCAGGAAGCACCACUGCAGGGACCCUGACCGUGUUGAUCAGACUUGGAAUUGUGGGAAUGUCUUUUGCUCCAGCUGCUGUAACCAGAAGGUGCCGGUCCCCAGCCAGCAGCUCUUCGAACCCAGCCGGGUCUGCAAAUCCUGCUACAGCAGCUUGCAUCCCAGUAGCCCCAGCCUUGACCUUGAACUGGACAAACCUAUUGCUGCCACCUCAAACUGAGGCUCCAGCGUGGAAGGAAAGCUGGGAAGAAACAGCACCACCUCUCCCUGCUAAGCAGAUAUGCACAUUUCUCUGCUGACUGCAGCUGGUAGGACUGGAGAGAAGCCUUGCACUCUGGAGUCGGGAGGAGAGAUGAUGACAUGCUCAGAGGGACCGGAUGCUGGGCCUGUACUGGUGGAGCAGAAACCCCUCCUUUCCAGCUGUUCCUCCCAGUGUCAUUUUCAUCCACCUCAUGUAAAUUUUGUGUGGAUUUUGCUGGAAAAGAGGGUCUGGAAUCUUCCCCGCUGGCAUUUCUGUUGCCCUGCUGUCGGAACUGUGCUGCAGACGGAUGAUUCUACCUUGCUGUGAGAGGAAGGGUAAUCGGUCCAGAGACCUUGUGAAUACCUUGUAGCGUCAGUGCUUAUGCUUUCUUUUUUUUCCAGUCACUCCUGUUACUUCCCAACAGCAGCCUGCUGUUUGGGAAGUUGUUGCUGCUAGAAGAAAUGGGAGCUGCCUUCUCAAAAAAACCUCUCUCCCUCUCUGUUCUUAGAGUGGGCUUAGUUAUCCUUGCUGCACAAAAGGGCAGGCAGGGGGGGUGGAAUUGGUUGCAGAUCUCCACAUUGGGCAGUCCUUUGCCAAUGUUGGCAGACUUGUGGCUCGAAGUAGGCAAUGCCUGGACCACUUUGGCUAAAGAAAGUGUACGAUUGUUUGAGGGAAGUGAGAGGGAAGGGGGAUUGGACAGGCCAUUCCUGUUCAAGGUUGUAUUUUCAAACUGACACCACAGUGUAAGACACUUGUACCUGCAAUUUGUUUUGAAGGAACGGGUGUUUGGGCUUAUUAGUAGCUGUUAAAAUGCUAUCCUUGCCCCCACUUUUUUGUUUU